GAAAAAAUGCCAACUGGUGAAAGAUCGCUGCGUUUGCGCUGUUUAUUGUUUAAAAAUUAAUAAAAUUCAAACAAACGAAGCCGCUAAUCUAUUUAGUGCAAUUCUAAGCCUUAAAAUAAUAGUUAUUCAAGUGUUUAAAAGUGUGGUGGAAUGCAAGAAAUUAAUGCAGCUGGAACCGGAAUGCAAGACGCUAAAUAAAAAAGUGAAAGAAUUUUCCAAUUGUGUAUGCAUUUUUUCCUAAAAAUUUAAGCUAAUUUUACCUAUGUUAUAAAAUGAAACCCGCUGAUUGCGUUUGUGUUUAAAAAUGUCCCAGCAAUGUUUUCAACAAAAGGAAUUUUGUAACCGAUCACCGAUCUCUUCAAUUGGUAAUUUGACAUUUUUUCUCAAUGAAAACUGAACAGGUUUGUGCAUUUGUGCGAUAGGUUGGAAACAGCGACGGUCAAUACAAAUAAAAGCAUAAAAACUGUGAAGGCAGUUGCUAUUACUGCUACAUCAUAGCACGAAGAGUUAUUAAAAACACAUAUGCAUGUAUGUACAUGCUUACAAACAUAUAGUGGACAGGCAUACUGCAGAAACAUCAAUCUCCCAACGCCGCUUGGUCCAUAUCAGAAGAGCUAAUUACGUACAUACGUACAUCCAAUCAAGCGCUAGACAAACUGUAAGAUACGUUUUUAUUGAAUUGAUAUGCUUGUUGCUCCUACGUUUGAUAAAGUAUUUACGCCGGCGCAUCGAUAACCAAUCAUAAUAAAAACCAAUUUACGAACAGAAGUUUUGUUGCUGUCGUUGAAACGCUCCCAGAUUCGGGAGAAUACAGUGUAGCCCAUUAAUUAUGCAUCACCAUCAUCCACUCUCGCCCGCACAACCUGCCACUGGUACGCCUUCGGCCAGCAGCAAUACAACAGCCUCAGCACUGCCUAGCAAUAAUGCUAUUGCGAGUGUCGGUGCAGUCAAUGGGGCCAGUACCAGUACAGGCACAUCACAUGUGCAACAGCGACGUCGUAAGAAGCGCCCGAACUAUGGCACACGCACUGUAGAAGUGCGACGCGGUUAUAAUGGAUUCGGUUUUACCAUAUCUGGUCAGCAACCCUGCCGGCUUUCAUGUAUAGUUGCCAAUUCACCGGCAGACCAGGCUGGGCUGCGUGCUGGCGAUUUUCUAAUUUCCGUUAAUGGUUUAAACGUUUCCAAGCUACCGCACGAAACAGUUGUGCAAUUGAUUGGCAACUCAUUUGGCAGUAUACGUAUGCAAAUCGCCGAGAACUAUUACUCGGAUAGUUCGGAUGAAGAGAAUGCAGCGUUGAUGUUGCAACAGCAAUCAUCUGCGACUGGAAUGAAUGGCGUACUCUCCAGUCAGUUGGGUUUAGGUGUGGGUGGCGCACGCGCAAAACCUCGUUAUCUACACCACAAGGCCAAGAUGCAUCGAUUACGGAAUUCGCCUCAAAAGAAGCGCACAGUUACUUUACAACAACAGCAGCAGUUGGCACGCGCCGAACAGCUGUCAAAGAGUGUAUCCGCGCUCAAGCCGAUGGAACUGCAGAAGCUACGGCCGCUUAUUGAAGAUUUACCGCUACCCGCAGGUGGUUCGCCGUAUGUAAUGCCCAAUAGUAGUGCACCAAAAUUGCCCACAGCUGCAGUUGCUACCUCCGACAGCGCUGUCGCUGACUUGGCAAAUGUUAAUGCCAUGGCGCGUGCACCAGCCGCUGCGUUAGAGUAUCGCGCUAUUGUUGGUUAUCUGGGCACUAUCGAAAUGCCAAAACAAAUUUCGCAUAGCUCAAAAUUACAAACUGUACGCUCAUGCAUACGUAAACUACGUCAAGAAAAGCGCCAGCCGAACAUGGUAUUAAUGACUAUAUUACCCGACUGUCUGCGAUUACAGGCCGCAAACGGCAAUACACUUGCAAGUUACGUGUCUGAACGGUUAAACUAUGUGAGUUCUUCAUCGGAAACUGAAAAUCGCUUCUUCGGUUUAGUCACUAGCUCCGUGCACACUUUACAAAUGGACGAAGAAGACGAAGAUGAUGACGAGCUGCAUAACGAGCCAUUGAAUGGUCGUAAUGGUCCAGCAGCGCCAGCAGCUGGUAACAAUGGCAAUGCCCAUAUUAGCAUUUCGAAUAGCUGUCAUGUCUUUGUUAUCGAUACAAAAUUGUGUGAGCAUCAGGCGCAUGUACCACGAGCCGCUGAAUUUCGUAUACACUGCACACGCGAUCCCAUAUCCAGUUUAUGCUUGGAAUUUCCGAAUAAUUCUGAAUAUGUUGUUAACCUCAUACGCAGCAUGUAUACAAUGCGUAUAAUGCCACCAGUGGUGAGACAUAGCGCAGCCGAAGAGUUUAUGAAUGGACACGGAGUUGGUGGUGGUGGCGCUCCUGCAGCGGCCGCACAUUCACCACAACCAAGUAACCACAGUGAGAUCUCAACGACCACCUCGAAUUCGGACUCUGGCAUCGGUUUCCACAAUGACUGCAAUAACAUAUCUGAUCGUAUAUUAGUAGUUGACUUUCCUGGCGCGCCAGAGUUACGCAUGCGUCCGAUGGGCGCACGUCCUAUGGGCAUAUUUAACAAUUUCGAUAAUGUUACACAAAAGGUGGCAGCCGCACGCGUUCGCCUUGAACCUAAUACGCCACCAGAGAGCACGGCUAGCACGUCCACGAGCAGUGCGCACUGCCCGCCUACACGCCCAAAUCUGCUCGCUAACUUCAAUUUAAUAAAAAGCCCGGCCACCUCGCUCCAAACAACACGGUCGUGCGACGAUUUAGUCGAGCGCAGCGCAGACGAUGGUGAGGCAGCCAUUUUGGAUCAAUCAACGCUCACUGCGCCACACGCAUCCUUGGAUGAUAUUUCUGUGCACUCCACCGCUGCUUCUGCGUCGAACAUAAGUUGUACCGCUGCUGAUGAUCAUCUCUUUCUGCAUCCUGCCGCAUGUAUGCUGGCUAUGCAACAUCAAAAGCACCGCCCAACAGCCAGUCAAGUAUAUGCUUUGCUGCAGGAUUGUCUAACACGCGCGCGUAAUGCACGUCAAUCGCUACCGGGCCACGCUACCGCGGACGUAUCACAGGUCAAGCAAAGUGCUCAAAGUGUCGCUACAUCGGCAGCACCUGCACCUUCACCUGUCAAACGUCAUUCGAUUGGUUUUCAAGCAUCGGAUAUUGCGCCACCGGCCUCAACUUUGAGUGCUGGAAGUUUCGAUAUGAGCACUUGGAAGAGUUUGCAAGACUUGCGCGGCAAUAAUGGAAGGCAUCUGACAAAUGUGCCACGCACACAGGAUGGCAUCAGCAGCGAACCUGAUCUAUUGAAUCCCAAUCUCCCCGCCAAUGCCUCACCUUUCCGCCGGGCUUGGGGUCAGUCGUCCUUUCGCACGCCACGCACCGAUAAGCACGCCCACCACCAGCAGCAACAGCUGCAAUUGCAACAACAAUCCGGCCCGCAUCAGCAUCUCAGUCCAUUAGUGCGUCGCGCCUCAUCGAUGACUGCCUCCGACAAUGAUGUCUACAUCAAGUCCAUGCAUCACGGCGGCUACCAUGAUGAGCUCAAACAAGCGCGUAGCCAACAUCAGUUGGCUACAGCAGCGGCCGCUUUGGUGGCUGCGAGAAAUGCCGAUUAUUCGGCGGGAUCUAUGGCAGCACCACAAUUGGCGACGACAAACGCCACGUGUAGUAACAAUAACAACAAUGGAGACAGCAAUGGCAUUGGACAGCUGAAAUUGUCACAGCUCAAGACCACACUUGCGCCUCCGCCCACAGAUAAUGGUGGCGUUGGCGGCGUGGCCGGCUGGGGUACAGCCUUUGAACGGUUGCUGGACGAUCCCGCAGGCAUGCACACUUUCGCCGAAUUUCUGAAGAAGGAAUUCUCUGCAGAGAAUAUCUACUUUUGGACCGCUUGCGAGCGCUUUCGUGCGCUGGAGAGCGCCGCUGAGCGUGCAACGCAAGCGCAGGCAAUUUUCUCGAAACAUCUGGCUAAUGGCGCUUUGGAGCCAGUAAACGUCGACUCGCACGCGCGUAGUUUGACACAAGAGAAAUUGCAGAGCGCAGAGCCGGAUAUUUUUGCGCCGGCACAGAAGCAAAUUUUCAAUUUAAUGAAAUUCGACAGCUAUCAGCGUUUCAUACGUUCCGACAUGUAUAAGAGUUGCCUAGAGGCGGAGGAGAAGCGCCAGCCAUUGCCGUACAAGGCGGACGAUUUAGAUGAAUUGCUAAGAACGCCGGUGCAUCAGCAGAUAGUCGCUGCAAUAGGCAGCGCUGCGUCGAAGCUGAAGAAGUCCGCCAGCAAUGCAGAGGACCGCUGCCGCAAGAGUUUGUUGCCUUGGCAUCGCAAAACGAGCAACAACAAAGCACCACGUGAUGUUGCCGAUGCAGGCGCUGAAGCGAAAAGCUCAAGUAAUAAGCAUGCAGCACUUUCCAGUCACUCACUCAAAUUGGCGCACACGCAGAAUUCACAAAGCGACAUACAUAGCUCACGUUCGUCGCUCUCUUCCUUCGAUGGACUGCCUGGCGCGUCUAUACUGCCAGGCACGUGUCGCGUCAUCUUGAGUGAUGCCUCCACAACAAUGGUGCAAAUGCGCCCCAACGAAACCGUUGGUCAGCUAGUGGAACGUUUACUGGAGAAGCGUGGCCUUAGCUAUCAAUAUUACGAUGUAGUGGCCAAGGGUACUACCAAAUCGAUUGAUUUGCAAACUUCAUCACAGACACUCGUUGGCAAGGAUGUGCUCAUAGAGCAGCGUGUCGCUUUCAAGCUGGAUUUGCCCGAUCGCAAAGUGAUAUCUGUGAAAAGCAAACCCAAGAAACAGUUGCACGAAGUUGUGCGUCCCAUUUUGCAUAAAUACAACUACGAUUUCGAGGCGGUACAGGUGGUGUUGCGCGAAACGCAGGAGCCAGUCGACCUGUCGCUCACUGUGACUUACGCUGAUGGGCAGCGGCUGCAGGCUGUAUGGUUGAAGCCACCGCCAUUACUGCUUAGCAGCGACUAUCAAAAUGGCAAUGGAUACGCGGCCAAGGUGGCAAAGGCUUCGGCUUCGACAAAGAGCGUAUCCUUUCCCAGCAGCGUGAAGCAAGCGAAUGGUGGCGGCAGUGUACGCAAUGCCACCAAUGGUAAUGGUAUAGUUGUGGGCUCGCUUUCGUCACAUCCAAAUCAGAGCGCCUUGGAUGAGCUGACCAACAAAGUGUUCACCGAGCUGAUGCAGGUCAAAGUAGAAGCCGCGAGCGCCGAAAAGCAACCGCAAUUGGUAGCAAUCAACAGCAAAGCGAAUGAUCUCGCUUCGCUUAAGUCCGAUGACUGUGCCUCAGAAACUUCAUCAAUUUUUGAGCGCAUACGUCGACGCGAUGCCAAUAUUGCUGGCCUCAAGCUGAAGCUAAAAAAACGAUCCACAAGCAGUCAACAUUCCGAGGAGACGAAUCAAAGCAGUCAUACAACAGCUAGCAAUGGACAACUAGCCGCGCCUACAGUGUCCACUGCAGCGUUGGAUUUAAAAAAACCGAUUAUUGCAAAACUAAAAGCGGGGGUAAAACUGCAAAUGCCCGAGCGAGUAGCUGAAAAUCAAGAUGAACUACUCGAAGGCCUAAAGCGUGCCCAGCUCGCACGGCUAGAAGAUCAACGCGGCACCGAAAUUAAUUUUGAACUGCCAGACUUUUUAAAAAAUAAAGAAAAUCUCAACGCUUCGAAAUUGCGUAAAGCGCGCGCUAAUCUCAGUCCUAUCAACAAGCCCUACACAGCUACUGCGGCCACUACUUCACCCAUGCAUGCCAGCCUCACCACUACCAGCGUCUCCACCGCCUCAGCAGGCACCGAGGAGCUACCCUCACCGCAGCUUGAACGUCCACAACCCGCGCCACGUCUUUCCAUAACCAACAAGUUGAAAGGAAACACACCUCUCGCGUCUGCUCUGAAGCCAGAGGAGGAGUCAGCAGCACCGACCACCACCAAUUUACUUGAAGGACAUCAAUCGCAGCCAACCACACCGCAACCAAAUACUUCGAGCUCAUCGCUAGAAGCUGAGUAUGCAGCGGUAGCGGGUAGUUGCAAGGGACCACCCCCCUUGCCGCCCAAACCCAAAGUGUUGCCCAUCAAGCCAUCGAAUUGGGGUGCUGCUUCUGCUGCUGCUGCCAACCUGUCUGCCUCGUCCACGACAACAUCGCCCACGACUCCCUCAAAGACAUUGCCGUCGUUGUUGCCGGUGGCUGCACCUAAAAACUACACCACUGUCGGGUUGUCUAAGGGCAUUACCACAAUGGUGGAAGAUGCUCCAAAGCUGCUGCAUGUCGCCAACAAACAUUGCUUAUCGAAUGAAAUUGUGCCGCGUAAAACGCAUUUGAGUUUAGCAGCUGAGCAGCCAACAUCAUCACGUUGUGCCUAUCUCGAGGAGCCGAGUAGUAGCUUUGUUUGAACGGGGAGAGAGAUAUAAAUAGACAUAUAUGUAUGUAUAUAGUAAAAUGAGGGAGGGUGUGUAAGGGUUAUAAGAUGGCUUGCAUUUUCCAAUUCCAUUCUCCUAAUAGCCAAAAUUAUUAUAAUAUUCAAUAUCCACGCCUAAGUGAUAAACAUUAUAUACGUAUUUGCAAAUGUUUGUACUAUGUCCAUAAUGAACCCCUGCUAUUUAUUCGCAUAUUUCAUUUUCAAUUCAUCGAUAUUAUUAAGUUAUCAUUUUAUCUAUGUAAUUGAAUGUAAAUAUUUGUAUGGCUUAUAUAUUAUUUAUAAAUUUAUGCAUACAUAAUAAUACAUAAACUUACACACAUAUGUGUGUACAAAUUUUGGAUGUUAGCAAAAAGAAAUUUUUCAAUAGCAGUUAAUGUAAUCAUUUUAAUCGACGAAUGUUUCAUAUCUUAGGAUUCAAUUGUAUUUCAUGCAAUGACAGUCAUAAGCCUUAAUUUUUAUUACUAUACUAAAUAUGUAUUUGGGAAACAUCGAAAUUUUAGAUAAUAAAGUAAUUUUAUACAUUAAAUGCUAAUAUGUAUAUGUAUAUGUUUUGACCUUUGAUUGGCAAGGGUUUUUGAAAGUCAAAUAAUAAACAAAACUCUGUGGUAGUACAUUCAAUUAUUCUAUUAAGAAUUCGUAAUUGCUUGAUUCGUUAAGCAUGUCAGCAUUUUCCCCGCGGUUUUUGAUUGGAACUUAACCUCAAAAGAAACUUAAAAAAA